AUGGAGUUUGACGACGAGAUGGGCUAUGGCGAUACCGUCAGACAGUUCUGGGAACAAUUCAACACCAAAUACCCCGGCAAAGUAUACACUGUACUACCGGACAAUCCAUACGCACGGACGCGAGCUAAGCGUGUGCCCAGCGGCCUCAUCCGAGGCCACGAGGCUGUCAAAUCCUAUGAGCAAGCACGCGAAGAAUGUCGGAAGUCUGUAGAUCGUAUCAUCAAGGAGUGCGAGCGCGUGAAUCAGAAAUACUCCGACCCGCACUUUGAUAUCGAGCGUGACUUGAAGUCUGGUCGGAGGCACUAUCUUGAUGGAUUGGAUAAGCCCAAUCUGGAGAUGAGGCCGCGGGGCGUGAAGAGAGUGACUGAAAUCUUCGAGAAGCCGCAAUUCUUCGUCAAUGGGCCUACCGCGUCGGAUGUGCGACAGGGCUAUGAUGGAGACUGCUGGCUGAUGGCUGCAUUGUGUACCAUGGGUAACAAAGAAGUUCUGAUCAGAAAAAUUUGUGUUGCUCGCAAUGAGGAAGUUGGAAUCUAUGGCUUCGUUUUCCACCGAGAUGGUGAAUGGCAGCAGUGCAUUAUUGAUGACAAGUUGUAUCUCCGCGCUGCUGAUUAUGAUGAGUCUGUGGAUGAGCGACCCAUCUGGGACGACAUCAACCGAACUGACACGGAGGAAGAGUACCGACGAGUCUGGCAAACAGGCUCGCGGGCGCUUUACUUCGCCCAGUGCGUGGAUGACAACGAGACCUGGCUUCCGCUGCUUGAGAAAGCAUUCGCGAAGGCCCAUGGUGACUACUCCGCGAUCGAGGGUGGCUUUGUUGGUGAAGCCCUCGAGGAUCUCACCGGAGGCGUCACGUCCGAGGUGUUGUCCAGCAACAUCCUGAAUAAAGACCGCUUCUGGACUGAAGAACUUAUGAAAGUCAACAAGGAGUUUUUGUUCGGCUGUGGAACUGGCUUGUUCUCGAACUGGUUAGACCCCAAGUACCGAGGACCCCCAAGAGACCGAAAAGGCAUCUCGGAGGGCCACUCCUAUUCCAUAAUGGAGGCGCGGGAAGAAAAGGGACAGCGGCUGUUGCGACUGAGGAACCCAUGGGGCCACAAAGAAUGGCAUGGUGCCUGGGGUGAUGGAUCGAAAGAAUGGACACCUGAGUGGAUGAAUACUCUUGGUCACAAAUUUGGCAACGAUGGCUUCUUCUGGAUCAAUUACAACGAUCUCCUCAAGAAAUACCAGCAUUUCGACCGGACUCGACUUUUUGGAGAAGAGUGGACUAUUACACAGCAAUGGGCCACCUUGAAUGUUCCCUGGUCUGCCGAUUACCACAGCACUAAGUUCAUGGUGGAAGUGACCAAGAGCGGACCGGUAGUCAUUAUUCUGUCCCAAGUACCUGGCGAGUACAGCUUCGUGCUCAAGUUCCGCUUGCAGAAAGCGGGAGAGGAGGAUUAUCUCGUUCGCAGUCAUAGUAGCCAUUUCAUGGGCAGAUCUGUGAACGCUGAGAUCGACCUUGAGCCGGGUCGUUAUCACGUCCUGAUGAAAAUCACGGCUUUCCGCCACGAAGAUGUCGACUCAACUGAGCAGGCUGUCCAACAAAUGGCCUCGACGAGAAGAGAAAAACUAGUCCAAGUUGGCCUUUCAUACGAUCUCGCUCAUGCGAAAGGACUGGUGGGCGAGACAACGCAAGAAAAGCAUCAACGAGAACUCUUCAAGGCAUCAGAGCGCAAAAGACUCCGCGAAGAGACCAAGAAAAAGAUGCAGAAAGACUGGAUCCGCAAUCAGAAACUGGAUGCACGACAUGCGCGCAUGGAGGCAAGACGUGCGAACCAAACCCCUGGCAGCAGCUCCUACGGUCCCAAUUCUGAAACAGACAGUAUCCCCCAGAUUCUGCCAGAUAAAUCCUUCCAAGAUUCUCCUACCGAUGCUGCCAGCGUCUCAAGUGACAAUAGUGACCGUCGUGUCCCACGCCCGAAUGGUGCCAUCCCGACCAUUCAAUUCAACGGAGGAGAAGGACUCCAUGAAAGGCACGCGAGCAGCGGCUGGCGACGUGGAACCGAGUCUCCACGUCUGAGUCUAGACACUCGCAUUGCUACAGAUGUGUUGGACCAGAAUGACUUGGAUUUGCUUGAAGGGUUCGAGUUUGACAGCGACCUCGAUAUGCCUCCCGAGGAGACAAAUGUGAAGAGCAGACCUCCAAUGGUAAACCAUGAUGAGCCUUUUGUUGAUCCGUGGAAUGCAGUCUGUGUGGUGGGUUUGAGGGUUUAUUCCAAGGAUCCGAUGCUGAGCUUGCAGGUUGUCCGUCCUGUGCCAGAGGAUGACACUGAGGCUCCGCUGGAUCGGGAUGACCCUGCUGCAUCUGCAACCACUCCCAAGUGA